UACAAAGUGACCUUGAGUGGGUUCCCCUCCCUCCAUCCGGGUCCUCUUUAUAAAGAGCGCAGCGCGCUUGCGUACUGUUCUCCGUUCAGUUCGACCUCUGGUGACGACUGCUGACCCGAUCCCCAGCGGAAGGACACAGAACCGCCGUACAACAUGUAUGCCUGCGCUAAGUUCGUCUCUACCCCUUCUCUGGUGGUCCGUGCUGGGUCCAGAGCACUCUACAGACCAAUCUCUGCGUCAGUUUUGUCUCGGCCAGAGGUCCGAACUGAAGAGGGAAACGCACUCCUCAGUGGGACACACAACCCAUGCACCCAGCUGGUACUGAGGCAAUUCCAGACCAGUGCCGUCAGCAGGGACAUAGACACUGCUGCUAAAUUCAUUGGUGCUGGUGCUGCCACAGUUGGUGUGGCUGGCUCUGGUGCUGGUAUUGGAACAGUUUUCGGCAGUCUAAUCAUUGGUUAUGCCAGAAAUCCUUCCUUGAAACAGCAGCUGUUCUCCUAUGCCAUCUUGGGAUUUGCUCUGUCUGAAGCUAUGGGUCUGUUUUGUUUGAUGGUUGCUUUCCUGAUCUUAUUUGCCAUGUAAAUGCUGGACAUACCAUUACUAAACUAAACAGCUGUAAACAAUACUUUACUGUGGCUCCCGAGAAAUGUUGUAUUGUCAAGGAAAUGUAUUCUAUUUCCAAAGUCAGUUUCAUUAAAAAUGGUAAAACUUGUAUAAA